AUGGCAGGGACGAUUGAUGCCGAUGUGGUUCAUGGGUUCAUCACCCUGGGUGAUUUGGAAGGCUUGCGAGCAUUCGCACCACUCAACUUUGACUGGUCCCAGCCUCUAGGCGAAGACCAAGUGCCUGCACUCAUGCGCUUUGUUGACUCUCAUGCCUUGUGUGAGUCAGCUGCUCAACAAAGUGAUAAUCUCAAGAUGGUGGAGUGGCUCCUGUCGGUCGGAGCUGAUCCGCAACAGAGGGUCAGGGACGAUUUCGGAAUGGCAUUCACGUUUGGAAAACGGAGCAACCCGGAAGAAACGGAGAUCCGUGUUAAAUGUCGUGGGCAAUCAGCCAUUUCACUGGCUUUUGCUUGGCUUCGGGAAAUGAAGAAGUGCAAGGGUAAUGCAAACUGGACAAAACCGGAGCAAUACCUGAAGCAACUCAUUUCUCUUUUUUCGCGCUCAUCCUCCCAGCAGAGUCUCCGGAGUACAGAUGUUGCCGUGCCUCAGAGUAUCGUGGACUUGUGGGAGUGCAUGCGGGACUUGGCCGCCUCGCACAACGUGAUCUUCGAGAGUUCAGACGGAGAGGUGGCGGCGAAUGAGCACAUCCUCGCCGUUGCUUCUCCGGUCUUGAAGGCGAUGCUUGAGUCUGCAAUGACGGAGGGCACGAGCAGGCGCAUUCAAGUCAAGGAUUCCCCGUCCUCCGGCAUCUCGCUGUUCCUGGAUGUUCUCUACACAAGCUCGACUCGCGAAGACCCCGACCAUAAGACCCUUCUUGCUGCUUUGGACUUGGCGCACCGCUGGCAGGUGCACAGCGUCGUGCAGAUCUUAUGCACCGCACUGCAUAGCAUGAUCGAUGCCAGCAGCUUCGUGGCCAUCGCAGAAGCUGCAGCUCUCAAGGGACUGGAGACACUGGUGCGAGCAUGUGCCUCCUUCGGCUCCACAGAUGAGCACGUGCAAGCGAUGCUUCAGAAAGGCGAUCUCCCCGUGGCGGUUCGGAAGCUGUUGGGGAAGCCGGAGCAUCAAAGCAGUGAGCAGCAAGAUACGAAGAAGCGGCGGAGAUUCCGGUCUUCAUGA